CGUCACGUGACGCGGCGUGGUCCGCUUCCUUGGAAACGGGCGCGCGUGCUCGCUGCGGUCAGGGGGCCCGGGCCACGCUGCGCGGGAAAGGGCAACUCCAGGGACACAAUGCUGUGCGCCAGAAGGUUGGGCGUCCUUCGAGCCCCGGCAGCGGCUCUGCGGCUGGGGCGAGCCGGUCUGGGUGGCCUCGCAGGCGGGCUCCGGGCCCGAGGGGUCAGCACCAGCUGGUCUCCGGUGGGCGCCGCCUUCAAUGUCAAGCCCCAGGGCCGCCGCCUGGACCUAUUCGGCGAGCGCCGGGGUCUUUUUGGAGUUCCUGAGCUUCAUUCCCCAGAAGGAUUUCGUAUUGCCCAGGAAGAUGCUUUGAGAAAUACGGACGUGCUCGUGGCGCGUGCGCAUUCCACGCCGCCGGGGCUGCAGACCGUACUCAUCUUUGAUGAGCUCUCCGACGCUUUGUGCAGGGUGGCGGACUUGGCUGAUUUUGUGAAAAUUGCUCACCCUGAGCCGGCAUUCAGAGAGGCAGCGGAAGAAGCCUGUAGAAGUAUUGGCACCAUGGUAGAAAAGUUGAACACAGAUGUGGAGUUAUAUCAAAGUUUGAAAAAAUUACUAGCUGAUAAAAAACUGAUGGAUUCCCUUGAUCCAGAAAGCAGGCGAGUGGCCGAACUGUUUAUGUUUGAUUUUGAAAUCAGUGGAAUUCAUCUGGACAAAGAAAAGCGUAAAAGAGCAGUGGAUCUGAAUGUUAAAAUCUUGGAUUUGAGCAGUAUAUUUCUUAUGGGAGCCAACUUUCCCACCAAGAUUGAGAAGCAUCUCUUACCAGAACACAUUCACCACAACUUUGUACUCGCUGGAGAUCAUGUAAUAAUUGAUGGUCUACACGCAGACGCACCUGAUGACUUGGUGCGAGAAGCUGCUUAUAAAGUUUUUCUUUAUCCCAAUGCUGGUCAAUUGAGAUGUUUAGAAGAAUUGCUCAGCAGCAGAGAUCUUCUGGCAAAGUUAGUGGGGUAUUCUACCUAUUCCCACAGAGCUCUCCAAGGGACAAUAGCUAAAAAUCCAGAAACUGUUUUUCAGUUUCUAAAUUAACUAUCUGACACCCUGUUUUACAGAACUAUAAAAGAUUUUGAGAUGAUACGAGGGAUGAAAAUGAAACUAAAUCCUCAAAAUCCUGAAUUAAUGCCUUGGGAUCCCCCAUAUUACAGUGGUGUGAUUCGUGCAGAGAGGUAUAACAUUGAGCCCAGUUUAUACUGCCCAUUUUUCUCCCUUGGAGCGUGCAUGGAAGGCCUGAAUAUUUUGUUAAACAAACUGUUUGGGAUUUCGUUAUAUGCAGAGCAGCCUGAAAAAGGAGAGGUGUGGUGUGAAGAUGUUCGAAAACUGGUGAGCAUCCCAGUUCAAGAUUGCCAUUUUACAAUCCGUGGAGGCAGGUUAAAAGAAGAUGGAAACUAUCAACUCCCAGUCGUAGUUCUUAUGCUGAAUCUUCCCCAUUCCUCAAGGAAUUUACCAACUUUAUUGACUCCCGGAAUGAUGGAAAAUCUUUUUCAUGAAAUGGGCCAUGCGAUGCAUUCUAUGCUGGGACGUACUCGUUACCAACACGUCACUGGGACCAGGUGCCCCACUGAUUUUGCUGAAGUUCCUUCUAUUCUGAUGGAGUACUUUGCAAAUGAUUAUCGCGUGGUUAACCAGUUUGCCAGACAUUAUCAAACGGGGCAGUCAAUGCCCAAAAAUAUGGUGUCUCGUCUUUGUGAAUCUAAAAAGAUUUGUGCUGCAGCUGAUAUGCAACUUCAGGUCUUUUAUGCCACUUUGGAUCAAAUCUACCAUGGGAAGCAUCCCCUGCGGAGGUCAACCACAGACAUUCUCAAGGAAACACAGGAAAAAUUUUAUGGCUUACCAUAUGUUCCAAACACUGCCUGGCAGCUGCGAUUCAGCCACCUUGUGGGCUAUGGUGCUAAAUAUUACUCUUACCUGAUGUCCAGGGCAGUAGCUUCUAUGGUUUGGAAGGAAUGUUUUCUACAGGAUCCUUUUAACAGGGCCGCCGGGGAACGCUACCGCAGAGAGAUGCUGGCCCACGGCGGAGGCAGGGAGCCCAUGCUCAUGGUGCAAGGUAUGCUUCAGAAGCGUCCUUCUAUUGAUGACUUUGUAAGUGCCCUCGUCUCCGACUUGGACUUGGACUUCGAAACUUUCCUCAUGGAUUCUGAAUGACAGAAACACCUUGGAUCUUUCAAAUCGAGGUCAUGUAGAUAUUAGCUUUGUUGUACAUGCUCCAGCUGUGAACACUCGUUUCUGAGUUCAGUGUUCACUUCUGUAAUAACUUCUGAAAAACCUCAAACGGAUGGAAAUUGGAAUAAAUAAUUUGUUUUAAUUAA